AAAAAGUUCCUAGUUUCUUGACAUCAGCGGGGCAGUUCUUCGAUCGCCAUUUGAUAUCUAAGAAAAAUUAAAUUAAUUUAUUUCGUAUUACAUAACUAAAAAAAAAUGGCUGCCAUGCGAUGUGUUUCACGUCUUCUUACCCGUCGCACGAUCAACACAAUCUCAACUCGAGGAUAUGCUGACGAAAUGAGUUUCACAUUUGCAGCUGGAAAUCAAGUUUUCUAUGAUUCGCAGUCCGUGAGGCAAGUAGACGUGCCAUCCUUCUCUGGUUCAUUUGGUAUUCUGCCUAAACACGUCCCCACUUUGGCAGUUUUGAAACCUGGCGUAGUCACUGUUUUUGAAAAUGACGGUGCUGUUAAGAAGAUCUUUGUCUCCAGUGGAACAGUUACAAUUAAUGAAGAUUCUUCAGUGCAGGUUUUAGCUGAAGAAGCAGCGGCUGUUGAAAAUCUUGAUGCUUCAGCUGCCAGAGAAGUUCUCAGCAAGGCACAAAGUGAACUAGCUUCUGCCAGUACUGAUCAGGCGCGAGCUGAAGCUACCAUUGCUGUAGAAGUUGGAGAGGCUCUCGUUAAAGCCGUGGAAUAAAUUGAUCACACCUGAAAAUAGAUUGUUAAUUUUAAUUAUAAUAAAACAAAGAAAAUAGUCAUAA